CCACGAGGGCGUGCCUGACUGCAAGCUGCUUGCAAGCUCUAAAACGAUUUCCUUCCGGUAUCACAUCCUCUGAAUAUGGCAGCUACCGGGUUUCGCUUCAUCCUUGCAACAGUUGCAGCUUCUUCUUUUCUAUUGGCCAUCAGAUCUGUUUCUGCAUUAGUAGAAGAUUUGGAUGACUCAUUUAAGGAAAACCGAAAAGAUGACAUCUGGCUUGUGGAUUUUUAUGCACCGUGGUGUGGUCACUGCAAGAAACUUGAACCCGUUUGGAAUGAAGUUGGUAUAGAGAUGAGAGUUAGUGGGACGCCAGUACGAGUUGGAAAGAUGGAUGCUACUCUUUAUUCAAGUGUAGCUUCAGAAUUUGGGGUUAGAGGAUUUCCAACUAUAAAGCUAUUAAAAGGAGAAAUGGCCUAUAACUACAGAGGUCCUAGAACAAAGGAGGAUAUCAUUGAGUUUGCAAACAGAGUUGCCGGGCCACUGAUUCGUCCUCUGCCAAGCCAACAAAUGUUUGAGCACGUACAAAAACGACACCGUGUACUUUUUGUGUAUGUUGGUGGUGAAUCAACUCUAAAGGAGAAAUACAUUGAAGUUGCUUCAGAACUUAUCGUAUAUACUUACUUCUUUUCAACAUCAGAAGAAGUUUUGCCUGAGUAUGUAACGCUCAAUGAAGUCCCCGCUGUCCUUGUUUUUAAAGAUUCUACUUAUUUUAUUUAUGAUGAAUAUGAAGAUGGUGAUUUAUCUUCUUGGGUGAAUAAAGAGAGAUUUGAGGGAUAUCUCCAUGUGGAUGGCUUUACACUGUAUGAGCUUGGAGACACAGGAAAGUUAGUGGCUGUUGCAGUAAUUGAUGAUAAAAACAAUUCUGCUGAGCAUACAAGAUUGAAAUCUAUUGUUCAAGAAGUUUCUAGAGACUACAGAGAACAUUUCCAUCGAGACUUUCAGUUUGGGCAUAUGGAUGGAAGCGACUACAUUAAUAGCCUUCUUAUGGAUGAACUUAAUGUACCUACUUUUGUUGUGCUGAACACAUCAAAUCAACAGUAUUUUCUACCAAGCAAAGGAAUAGAAAACACAGAAGACAUGAUUCAAUUUAUUAAUAGCAUUCUGGAUGGAACAGCAGAUGCUCAGGGCGGCGAUGGAAUACUGCAGAGAAUCAAGAGAGUAGUUUACGAUGCCAAAUCUACAGUAGUGUCUGUAUUUAAGAGUUCGCCUCUUCUCGGCUGCUUUCUCUUCGGUCUGCCACUGGGUGUCAUCAGCAUAAUGUGUUAUGGAAUCUGCACAGCCGACACGGACGACGGUCCAGAGGAAAUGACAAGGAAGGAUGUUAUAGAUCCAGACAUAACAGACGAGGGAAGUGAAGGUGAACAGGAUGGCGAAAGAAACAGAGAGAGCUCCUCUGACGUGUCAGAUGAAAACCACGAAGAAAAAGAAUUUAUUGAAAAGAAAAAGGAUUAACUUUUAUGAAAAAUGUGUAAUUUUCUAGCAAUCCAAAACAAACUUAUUUAUUACAUUCUACCACUGAUUUAAAAUAAACGUAAUGGCUCAGUGACAGAAAUACUUGGCAUGAAUUUCAUUGCAUUUGUAAAAUUACAAGGGGUAUCUGCAAAAACAAUAAAACAUUUGGAAAACAAAGACACAUAAUAGGGCUUGUGUUUCUACUGCUGUGUAGUUUAACCCAAAAUGCCAUUUUACUUCUAUGUUACAUCGCUUUGGAAAAUGUGCAUCACAAGAUUUAUAUCAGUGCAGUUUGGCCUAGUUUAGUUCCUGAAUUUUUAAUAGCUUAUUGUAGUUCACUAAUGUUCUUGCAGGUCACUUUUUUUUUUUUUACAAAAUAAGAAGCUUAAAAAUGGAAUUCGUUUUAUUAUGCCAGUGCCUAAAUAAAAUCGAUACUACAUAAUAUGCUUUUCACAUGUGAUAACUGAUCUAUGUUAAAAGUAGUAAAGCAUAGAUUUUAGUUAUUUUUAUAGCUUCUUCUGAAUACAUCACUAAUUUAGUUUUUGUAAUAUUCAUUUGUAGUAUUAAUAAUAGUCUUAACAGUUUAUUCAUGCUCAACUGUGUUCUAGCGUAACAGACAUUCCCCUGUCAUACACACUGUGUAGUUCUUAACAUUUGUAUCCUAAUCUGCAGCUGUUUUAUAUAUUUAGCAGGGUUUUUUUGUGACCUCUAUAUAGAUAAUUAUAAAUAGUGUAAUUGUAUAAAUAAUCUUUUUACAAAACCAA